AUGUGCCCAACCGCACUGUGUGUUACCUCUAGGCUGGCGUUAUGCGUCCGCGGUAUCGACAAGCACUUAAACUGCCCCGAUGUCUGCCGUGCCCGUGGGCCGAAGUUCUGCAACAAGGCGGAACACUCUAUUAAAAUCUGCGGAACGAUUACGCCGAAAGAGCUGAAGGAAUAUUCUCCGGCAAAGGAAAACAACACUAAAACGCUAUCGGAUGCAUUCAAGAAGUGGCAUGCAGCAAUUCCAAUGAGCGCUCGUUUUCCUCUCGAAUUUUUUGAACAAUUUGUUGGCAAUAACGACUCCUUUAAAAAUGCCUUCGAAGCUCAACUCCUGGCCGCGCAAGUACCCUUCUGUAUCUGUAAAAAGUCCUUUAAGGUGAGGAGACUGCCCCCCAGCGCUGCCAUGAUCACUCAGUCUGCCUGCUCUGUCAACGUGGCCAAUCAAUCGAUUUUUGGCGCAUCGCUGAUUACUGGUUCACACUGCACUCGCCUCGCCACUUGUUAUGACCGAUCUACUCAACGUGAAUUGGCAGUCAAGUCAGUCAGUCAGUCAAUCGAUUUUGCGUAUCGCUGA